AAUUGUUCAACACCAAUCUAGAAAACUCAAGAAAAUUGAAGCAAAUCAUAAAUUAUCCAUAAAUAACAUGAUUAAUUGAAAACUUCUUCCUUUCAAUUAAGUUUCUUCACUCUCCACUCGAUAACAUCAACUUCGUUCUACACAAUUAGAAAGAAAAAUUAGAAAUGUUUCCACAAACAUAAAUAAGAUUAGUUGUUUAGAAUAUUAAAUAUACCGAGAAAAUUAAUUAUAUGAGUGUGGACGGGUACCAAUGGGUCGGGUUUACCUAAAUCCAAACCCAACCCAACCCGAUGAAUAGUGAACGGAUUUAAACCCAAACCCGGCCCAAAACCCCGUCAACACGGAUUUUACCCGCAUUGACCGGAUUGGAUCGGGUGGGUACCCGUGGGUUCGGGUUUUGUUGCCAUCCCUAUCUCCUAGCACUCAAUGCCUCGCAAACUCAGCAAUACCUAACAAUAAAAUUGUGUCGCCUUCCUCCAUAUCCAGGAUAUUCUUUUAGCGAGAGAGAUCUCCGUCAUGCACCUGGUCCGGUUAGUGGAGAUGGGAGCUUGUGUUUCUGGAGAUUGGAUUGGUGGAUCGACUGAAGCAGCAGACGAGCGUCGGAGGUCUUGCGGAGGAAGGGGUAAUUAAGUUCGUUCUCGUAUAAGGGUUUCUUCCUGUUUCAACAUAAGAAUUUGAAAUUUCUAGAACCCAAAUACAGCUUCAUCUUCUCCUCUUCCUUCCUGAACCCUUGUCGGCGAUUUCUAGCCUUUCCAGAACCCAAAUCCACCUUCGUCGUUACCCAUAACAAAAAAAUCCACCUUUGUCUUCUCCUCUUCCUUCCUGAACCCCUGCCGGCAAUUUCUAGCCUUUUCAGAACCCAAAUCUAGCUUUGUCUUCUCUUUUUUCCUGAACCCCUGUCGGCGAUUUCUAGCCAUUUCCAAAACCCAAAAUCCAGGUUCGUUUUCUCCUCUUCCUAAACCCCUGCCAACGAUUUCUAGCCAUUUCCACAAUCUGUUUCUCUACUGCGCGCAACAAGCCCGCCGAAGCACACGAACUGUAGCAAUUCCACAGCUGCGGGCGCCACCUGUAAAUACAAACUCGAAGAUAAACCCGACGGCGAGACUCAGGUCGCGUGAUUAGAUCUGCGUUUGCAAGUCGAGUUCCUGCUUUCAUUUCUGGUUUUAUUUCUCUUCCCUUCUCUAACUACCUCAGCUCGAGCCCCGAGCGUCAAAGCAAACUUUUUUUUCCCCACAUUGUCAGAUCAAAAGGCUGGUAAUUCGGGAUUGGAAAAUGUUUUGGUGGGUGGGUGUGGGAUUGAGUGAGUAUAUGGAUCCACUGCCCAAUUUGAACAAUAGAGGAGGUUUCAUGAGGAAGCGUCGGGACUUGGAGGAGGCCGUCUCCACCAUUAAUUUGAUUAUAUUACCAGUUGCGGGGAGAGGCAGACCAGAAGAAAAGGAGGAGGAAGAACUAAGAAGGAAGUUGGAUGGCGGUGGGGAAGACUAGGGAUAUUAACCCCCUGUUUAGGAAGGAGGGAAAAGGGAGGAAAGGAAAGGGAAGGGAAGGAAACACAAUAAUCGAGGACUUUCCUCCGUUUUUUAAGUUAAGACUGUAUACAGUACCGUGGAAAGGAAAAAGGAAGGAAAAAAUCAUGUUCCACCCACCCUUCCGAUUUGGGGGGAAACCUCUUUUUUUUUUUUUGUUAGUACCCACUAUUGCCCACUUUAAACUUACAUAUUCAAAUUUUACUCCUUUAUUUAUUUUUUGGAUUUUGAUGGUCAUUUUUUUACCAACCCUCACAAACUAUAUUCCUUUACAAUUAACAAUACUUUCCCCCUUAUUUAAGUGAUUAUUAUGAGGGGUAUAUUAGGGUGCAAUAAAUUAUGGUAAGUAAU